GGACUAUCCACUGGAUUGAGCUUAGAGCAUGUGCACCGGUGCCAGUAAAUUACUAGUAUGCAUUUCAUGCAGUGUUGCAUACCCCGUCAAUAUGACAAAAUGGCCAGUCCGACACAUUUCAGGAGAUUACAUGCGUGCCAAGGCGCUUUCAAAUCCCUUUUGGAAGGCUUGCUUGCAUCGUGGCCUACCGUAGUUGUGAGCUGCCGUGCUCGUUUCCAUCUCUUCAAUGGUUUCUGCUUCGAGACUUGGAUGAAUUUUUUCAGAGCUUUGGAAUUGGUCCCUAGCUGGCCAGCCUUUCCUUGGCCAACGUUCGGGCGAUGAGAUUGCAUUGGAGCGCGACGUAUUAGUUGGUUGGACAUGCUGUCAUCAUGCUUGUAGAUGUUCAUGACGAUAAAGCCAUGCUGCUUAGAUAUGCCUGAAAGAAGCUCGGUUACAGUGCAUUCGUGGAGAUUCGACAGACUUACCGAAGGGCGGGCAGCGCAUUAUGCAACCCACCGCUGCAUGUCACGAGCCACUUGGCGGUAAAUGGGCACCUUGGUUUGAAGACGACGGUUUGUAUGGAUGCUACGAGCUAGCUCGACUUGCAAGACGUUGGCGACGACUUGCUAAGGGAGGGGCUUCGCUGACGGCGGCUGUCAGUGAGCCAUCCUUCUGUCGAACUGCGCCGUCAAUCCAUCUGCACGAUGCCGCAGAUACUCUACGGCAGCGUUCUGUUUAUGACGCAACACAGACGACGACCUUCCUUGGGCAGGUGCGGCGCAGUUCGUUUGACGCCACUGAAGCCUGCUCACAACCCUAGUCCAUUCCAAAU